UAGUUUGACCAACCCUCUCUCUCUCUCUCUCUCUCUCUCUCUCUCCAUGACUUUUUAACUUCUUCUUUCUCUUGGUCCUCUUUUACCACUUUCUCUUUUUGCUUUCUGUGCCUACUCUCCUGUUGUCCUUCAUCUCUUUUCAAAAUCAACUUCUCUUCUAUAAAGCAUGUGGGCGUUCAAGGUCAUCAGUGUAAAAUGAAUGUGAUUUUCGAUUAAAGAGCAGAGAGGCUGUUGGGAAUUUGGUGACGUGAACAGAAACUGUUGCCUUCCAGAUUUUCACAGCAGCAAUCAGCAGCUCACGCUUAUCCUGCGUUACGAUGCCUCUAUUGAAAGAUCUUCAGAAAAAAGAUGACAUCAAUGCUGUUUAUGAGCUGAAAGAAAAACUGGGAGAGGGCUCGUUUUCUGAGGUUCGAGUGGCUCAGCACAGAUGCACCCAGAAGCUAGUGGCUGUCAAGUGCAUCCGCAAGAGAGCGCUAAAGGGGAAAGAAUCCAUGCUGGAGAAUGAGAUUGCAGUAUUACGCAGAAUAAACCAUGAAAAUAUUGUGUCGUUGGAGGAAACCUUUGAGACUCCUACUAAACUGUAUUUGGUAAUGACACUGUUGACAGGAGGAGAACUACUGGACAGGAUUCUGGAGAGAGGCAGUUACACAGAGAAAGAUGCCAGUCGGGUCAUAUAUCAGGUGCUGCAGGCGGUGAAGUAUCUACACCAGCUGGGUGUUGUUCAUCGGGAUCUUAAGCCAGAGAAUUUAUUGUAUGAGACUCCAUUAGAAGACUCCAAAAUUGUCAUCAGUGACUUUGGUCUGUCUAAAAUGGAGGAGCAGGGGACUCUCUCCACAGCCUGUGGGACACCUGCCUAUGUUGCUCCUGAACUUCUACAGCAGAAAACAUACGGUAAAGAGGUGGAUCUCUGGGCCAUCGGGGUGAUUACGUUCAUUCUACUCUGUGGCUAUCCUCCAUUCUACGAUGACAACGACACUCAGCUCUACAAGCUGAUCAUAAAGGCUGAAUAUGAAUUUGAUUCACCGUACUGGGAUGACAUCUCUCACUCUGCAAAAGACUUCAUAGUUCACCUACUGCAGAAGGAUCCAGUGAAGAGGUUCAAUUGUGACCAGGCCUUGCAGCAUCCUUGGAUAUCAGGGGGUGCGGCUCUGGACAAGAACAUCCAUGGCUCAGUGUCAGCGCAGAUUCAGAAAAACUUUGCCAAGAGUCACUGGAAGAGAGCCUUUAAUGCCACUAUCAUCGUGCAUCAUUUAACGAAGAAAACACAGUCCGGGGAAGACGGUGAAGGGAAUCACUCCACAAGUACAGGUACCAUCUGACAAUCCACUGGCAGUAAACCGAGGCUCUGUUAAAAGAAAAGUUCAACAAUUAUGAAAACUGGGUCAUUCACUCUCAUGUUGUUCCAAACCCCUAUGACUUGAUUUCAUUCCUAGAACACAAAAGGAGAGGGUAUGAACAAUGAAAGAUGUAGUGAACAGGUACUGUGAACAUCCAAAAAGGAAAAAAAAACAUCAUAAAAGAAAUUCACAUGACUGCGUUUGCAUAUUCAAAUUUAGCACGUGUUGAUUGGUUAUGGGACAAGUGAGAACCAAUAGUGUUUAGCAUCAUUGACAAUAAACUUGUGUCUUCAUGCGCAUCAGUAUUGCCAAGUCUGCGGUUUUUCCGCGGAAUUGGGCUACUUUUACACUGAUGCCACGGGUUGUUUUUCAUAUUCGUGGGUUGAAGUGGCCCUAAAUAGUAUGAUAUUUAGCCCCUGGAAUGCAAAUUUUACCAGGGGAACCCUGCCAAAACGCAGAUUUUACCACCGAAACGCGAUUGGGCUAGUUUUGAGUAGCAGUUGGGUUUUGUUGUGAAAACCUGGCAACACUGAUGUGCAUUUUCAAUUAUAUGCAAAUGAGAAUGAAUGUUUGAGAGUGGGACAGAUUUUUAAGGAAUAACAAUUUAAAGUCAGAAUGACGUGGAAAUACAUCUAUUUUGUAAGAUCAGAUUGUGAACAAUUCAUCCAUGCAUACGUUGCAUUUUUUUUUCGCCUAAUUUUAUUCCCAAAAUCUCUUGAUCUUGUGGUGAAAUGACAGACUUUCUGGUAACGUAUACCAGGCUUCUCCAAUCUUUUAUUCUACUUUUAUGUAGAUUAAAAUAACUCAUUUUAUGCUAUACUUUUUUGUGAGACUGACAAAACUAAAAAAAAAAAAAAAUACAAGUUACUUGAAAUAAAAUAAAUAUUAGCUAAAUAUAUAUAAAAAUAAUAAAUAAAAAUUAAUAAAAACUAAGAUAUUUUUUUAAAACAAAACUAUUAAAAAUGGCAAAACCACAACAAAAUUAUUAAAACUGUAACUGAAAACAAAACAGAAAAAUAAAAUCUAAUUCAAAAUAUUUAAAAUAAAACUUAUUGUAUAUCAAUGAAAUAACACUGAUUGAUUGACAGUCCCUAUCAUUGUAUGCUUGUUUCAUAAGUGAAAGAGCAUUUUGCUAAUCCUCUUCUUUUGUGAAAAAAAAAUCACACAGGUUUGGAACAACAUAAACAUGAAAUAAUUUAGAUUUUAAGGUCUGACCGCAGUGGUCACUGUGUUUGGCAGGACUGACUGGUGAAACACACACCUGUGCUUUAAAUGCGCCGCUGUCAGUAAGCCUUCUGUCAGAGCUACUGCUGCUACACUUCAGUGGGCUGCUACUGUAAAAAUACCCUCAGUGGAGAACAGCUCCUUCACAACUCAUGUUUUCAUAAGUGUUCUACUCCCCGUCUACUUGUAUUUGACGCAUAACAGCAUGCUGCUAUUUGACAGAACGCAACAUUUAGCCAUGUAGUACUGUCUGUCAGCUGUAAGUAGUCUCUUGAUGUAUCAGUGCGUUACAAGAACAAAUAUGGCAUACAAUAUGAUAUUACAAUGGAUAAAUGAAGUAAAUAGUAAUUGUUGUCUUGUAUCUCUGCUCUCAUUACACUGUGGAAUAAACAACCUGAUCUGCC